AUGUCCUGCGACCAGCCCGCCACCUUCUUCUUGCAGCGGCGGCACUACAGGUUCACAGUGGCCAUGAAGUACCAGCCGCUGAAGUCCAAGACCCUCCGGACAGUCUCGUACAGCCCACAGGCCGUCAUCUUAUGGCCCAGCCGAUGGCACUCGGGUUGUGUGUACAGCAGCUUGAAUGCCCACAUGCGGUACGGCCUCCUCCGUCAUCCUCUCGGCGCUCCAAACCCAAGACGGGGCCGGCCGACGCUUGUAGGCGUUGGACAGCUCCGCGGUCUCGGGCGAAGGCUGGAGGACAGUGUAAGGCUGAUGGAUGGUGGUGGUCGCUGUAGUGGGAGAGUGGAGGUUCUUCAUAGAGGACAGUGGGGAACAGUGUGUGAUGAUGACUGGGAUAUGAGAGAUGCUGCAGUGGUGUGUAGAGAGCUGGGCUGUGGGGAGGCUGUAGAUGUACUGGGUAAUUCUCACUUUGGACCAGGAUCAGGACCAAUCUGGAUGGAUGAUGUGGACUGUAGUGGAUCAGAGUCUACACUGAAGAACUGUACAUCAGCAGGUUGGGGUAAACAUGACUGUAAUCAAACCAAAAAUGCUGGAGUCAUCUGCUCAGACAUGGUGAGGCUGGUGAAUAGCAGCAGGCCUUGUACUGGGAGAGUGGAGAUUCUUCAUCAAGGACAGUGGGGAACAGUUUGUGAUGAUGACUGGGAUAUGAGAGAUGCUGCAGUGGUGUGUAGAGAGCUGGGCUGUGGGGAGGCUGUAGAUGUAAUGGGUAAAGCUCACUUUGGACCAGGAUCAGGACCAAUUUGGAUGAAUAAAGUGGCCUGUAGUGGAUCAGAGUCUACACUGAAGAACUGUGGUUCAAGUAGAAGGGUUAGUGACUGUCAUCUUGCAGGAGUUAUCUGCUCAGGAGUAAGGCUGGUUGGUGGUCCUCGCUGCUCUGGAAGAGUGGAGGUACUUCAUGGGAAGACCUGGACCACAAUACCAGGAUCAGGACCAAUUUGGAUGAGUCAUGUGGACUGCAGUGGAACUGAGUCUACAGUGAAACACUGUGGAUACUUGGGCUGGGGUAAACAUAGCUGUCUUCAUUAUUAUGAUGCUGAAUUAAUCUGCUCAGGUAAAAUACCCAGACUUACAGAUGGUCCUCACCUGUGUUCUGGGAGAGUAGAGGUGUUUCAUGAGAAUACCUUGGCCAGAGUGUGUGAUGCUAACUUUGACCAACAGGAUGCAGAGGUUGUUUGUAGAGAGCUAGGAUGUGGGCGUCCUAUGAAGUUGCUGGGAGCAGCUGCUUUUGGCAGAGGGGAGGGUCAGGUGUGGACAGAGGAACUUCAGUGUAGAGGCACCGAAUCUGAGGUUUCUCUCUGUCCAACAUCUUCAGUCAAACAGAACUGCUCCCAUUACAGUGAUGUGGGACUAAUAUGUUCAGGUCACACUGCAGUGCGUCUGUUGAAUGGCUGGGACUCCUGUUCUGGUCGAGUGGAGCUCCUGUACCUCAGUGACUGGGGCUCAGUUUGUGGGGCUAGCUGGGAUAUGAAAGCUGCCAGUGUCCUCUGUGGACAGCUGAAGUGUGGGAGUGCUGUGGCUUUGUUGGCAGCGGACUGGUUUGGGGAGGGGAGUGGCCACAUCUGGGCUGAUGUGUUUGAUUGUCAUGGCAACGAGACGCACCUAUCAGAAUGCCCCAUCUCAUCAUGGAGUCGAGCAGAAUGCUCUCAUAAACAGGAUGCUGGAGUCAUCUGCAAUGGUUCCUCUCAGGCCUUUCAUGAGGGGCAAGUGCGGUUGUCUGGAGGGAGGGAGUGUGAGGGGCAGGUUGAGGUUUACUUCAGUCAGGACUGGAGGAGAGUUCUCCUGGACUCCUGGAGUGUGCCUGAGGCCUCUGUGGUCUGCAGACAGCUGGGCUGUGGCUCUGUGCUAAACUUCUCCAGCUCCUCUCCAUCCAGUCCUGAUCAACACAGGCACAUGUGUGUGAGGGGUUUCAAUUGUUCUGGGAGUGAAGCUCAUCUGGGGAACUGCAGCAGUGCAAACCUCCUCAACCUCUCCUGCAGCUCCAUGGAACAGCUGUCAAUCACCUGCUCUGGUAAGUGUUACAGUAACCCAAAAACUGCCCACUCCUCCAUCAGGCUGGUUGGCGCGGGGGGAGACUGUGCAGGAAGGCUGGAGGUUUUCAUCAGUGGAUCGUGGGGGACAGUGUGUGAUGACUCAUGGGAUAUUGAGGAUGCCCAGGUGGUGUGCAGGCAGCUGCAGUGUGGAGUGGCCCUCAGUGCCUACGUACCAGCCUGGUUUGGUCCAGGAACCGGGCCCAUAUGGCUGAAUGAGGUGCAGUGUGAGGGGAACGAGACAUCCCUGUGGAACUGCAGGUAUCAAUCUGGGGGAAAGCAUGACUGCAGACACAAGGAGGAUAUAGGGGUCGUGUGCUCAGAGUUUAAAGAGAUCAGACUCACUGAGGGGUGUAAAGGGAAUCUGGAAGUGUUCUACAAUGGAACCUGGGGGAAUGUGUGUGUGAAUGGGAUGAAUGAAGACACAGCAAGUUUGAUCUGUCAAGAGCUGAACUGUGGAAAAACAGGCAGGGAGUCUGGGGCCAGAGCAAGAGUGGAAUCAUCUCCUAACUGGCUGGAUCAGGUGAAAUGUAGGAAACAUGACUCCACUCUAUGGCACUGCCCAUCUGACCCCUGGGGACACAAUAAGUGUGAUAAUGACAAAGAGGUGGCUCAGAUUACUUGUUCAGUGCAGAAACAAUUACAAAAACAUGUGAAAUGCUCUUCAUUUCCCCAUCAAAGACAGUGCUCAGUUCCGCUGCCUCUCAGGCUGAGUGGACCAGAGGGAAGCUGCUCUGGGAGGCUGGAGGUUUAUCAUAAUGCUGCGUGGGGCUCCAUCUGUGAUGAUCAGUGGGACAUCAGGGAUGCUGAGGUGGUCUGCAGGCAGCUGGGCUGUGGGAAGGCACUGAGUGCUAAUGGGAGUGCUGCCUUUGGUCCUGGUGAAGGGGUGAUCUGGUUGAACAGAGUGGAGUGUAGAGGGGAUGAGAUUCACCUGUGGGACUGCAGUUAUUCACUGAAGAACCACACUGAUUGCUCCCACAAAGAGCAUGCUGGCGUCACUUGUGCAGACAUCUCCCUGACCCCUGUGAUUACAAGCAAAGUAACCACCAACUCCAUCUCAGUUGGUAAAUCUGAGAUAACAACCAGUCGACCUCUACCUCAACCAGCUACCUCUCCUGUGGUCCUGCUGGUACUGGGAGUGCUGCUCUUCCUGGCCUUAGUGCUUCUCUCUGGGCUGGUUUACCAGAACCGAGUGCUCAUGAGAGAGGAGGCAUAA